UUGACUUUUUAUUCUCUUGUCAGUCCGACCGUCAACUUUCAAGUCUUGAGUCUUGGCAUUGCGCCUUUCCUAUUUUGUCAUAGCGUGCGUCCAUAGUAGGAAAGAGGGCAGAUCAACUGUUUCAACGAUAUGAUGUAAUUUACAUCUUCCUCAUCAAAGCUAUCCUGUGCCCGGCUCUUUGGUUUACUGUAUUAUAAGUUUAUGUUCCGUUCAUCGACACAAAUCAAACAUACUUCCUACCCAUCAAGGUUGAUUAGAUAUUCCUCUCGAUAUAGCAGAGCUCUAAAUAUGUCUCUCAAGGCAAUCUCAUCCAAAGAUGCUGCCGCCUUGGAUAAGGACCUGAUGGACGUAGGCGGGUUUUCACUAGAUCAGUUGAUGGAAUUAGCCGGUCUUUCCGUGUCACAGGCUGUCUACCGUUUUCAUCCUCUGAGUAAAGGGAAACGUGUUCUUGUUGUAUGCGGCCCUGGAAAUAAUGGAGGAGACGGUCUGGUUGCCGCUCGCCAUCUAGCGCACUACGGUUAUACACCCUCAAUCUACUACCCAAAGCAGGGCAAGAACGAACUAUAUGCGCGUCUAAAAACGCAGCUGGAGAACCUCUCUGUCCCUUUCGUGGCAGACUUCACCGCCGCAGUGGACUCUACAGAUCUAAUCAUCGACGCCAUCUUUGGCUUCUCAUUCCAAAAGCCCCUUCGAGAACCAUUCCCGUCUAUCAUCAGCCAACUAGAAGAAACAAAAGUCCCCGUGCUGAGCGUUGACACACCGAGUUCAUGGGAUAUCCAGGAAGGCCCGCCAAAGGAAGGCCCUGGAGUGAAGUUUAUGCCGGGCGCGUUGAUUAGUUUGACGGCACCGAAGCCGUGCGUGAAAUGGUACAAGGGGAGACAUUUUGUCGGAGGCAGGUUUUUGACAAAGUCAAUUGCGGAUAAGUAUGAUCUGGAUGUACCAGAGUACGCCGGUAUCGACCAGAUUGUUGAAGUUGGGGUGAAUGCAGAUGAGAAGCUUUGAUGCUAGAUUGCUAAUGAUGAGGGUAUUUUUGAGAA